AUGUUUGCAUCCGCGGAUGCCACGGAUGCAAUCUGUGUGCAAAACGGACCGAAGUUGAAACUCGAAGGGUGGAGACCGAUGGAAGAGUAUACAGAGGAGGGAGAGAGUGAGGACGAGGGUGAGGUCACGGAAGAGGGAAACGAGGAGGAGAAAUUGAGAAAGAGAGAAGACGACGAGAAAGAAGGAGACGCAUGGAGCAAAGGGGAAGGUAAACUGGAGAUGGAGAAGGAUUGGCGAAAGAGAAUGAUAGCAGAACGGAGCAAAAGGUUAGGUCAUAUUGCGGAUAGGCAAAGUAAGUAUCUACCUCGUCGAAACGUCGGUGUAAGACCACUUAGGGCAAGGGUUCGUCUCUUUGGGAAAGCUUAUGGCGGGCCCUCAAAGUGGCCAUUACGAGUCGAUGGUUGGUCCAUGGAU